ACAGUAGUGACGUAGGGGUUUACAUUCCUGCCCCACCGAUAUGGCAGGUAGUGUAUUGUUCUUAAGCGAAUCGCUUAGUAAACAUAUUACGACCUUGGACUUAUUUAUACACAACGAAGCAGGGAACAAAAUUCAAUUUGGUACAACCUUUGGAAUGAUCGAACCCGCUAAGUGAAUCUACAAACCGGUUGAAGUUCAUCUUAUCAUACUGAACUGUGCCCAAAAGUUAUUAGAACGUGACGACUCAUGGACAGUGAAGAUUCGAUGUUUUGUUUUCAAAUGAUGAACGCAAUGUCUUCCGACUGGUCUCGUGAUGAUAAGACAAACGAGAUGUACAAAUGUAACCAAGUUACGUUGUCACAGUUGCAAGACAAAGUUCUACGCUCAUUGUCAAAGAAGUACGAGAAGAAUAAUCUACAAGUAGUUCCUCAAAACGACCCGGUUUUCGAGGACGUUUCUACUAGUCCAUUUUCGCGCGAUUCGUGUGCCGUCAGAUGUUGCGAAAAGCGCGCUAAAAGGAAACCAAUUAUAAACGUUGACACUCAAUAUCCUCGAGAAUUAACUGAGCAAGCCGAAGGUCUUUCGUACGCUCGUAAAACGCCGCUUCUCGCGAUAGCAUCAUGUACUACAACAGAACCAUUAAGGACACCAACGUUUCCGUUUUCACCCCUUCCGAAAAGUCCAGUGAACUUUUUAGCCGCGCCGAUGAGUCCGUUAGCGCUGAUGAUCUUGAGUCCCUUUGGAAAAAGACCAUCAGAGGACCUGUCAAUUUAUCUACCUGAAAAUUUCACCCCAGCGGCAACACUAGAGCACUUGGAAAACUCAAUAACCACAACAGUGUUUGAAUUCCCGAGCGUGGAAGAGGAUCAAGCGAAUGAUAAAAAGAUAAACUUCAAAAAAGAAAAACUUGACGAUUUCGACUUUGAGGAAAGUCUUUGUUGCAACGAUGAUGUCUCAGUAGACACUCAAAAUAUACAUGUCGCGAAUUGUUAUCGGAAAGAUAGUAAUUCCGUGUGUAAAAAGGAAGUCUCCUUUUCUGAAGAUCACUGCGGUGCGGUCGCUGAUGAAGAGGAAAAGGAUUAUAACCUAAAAUCUAGCGAUGGAGGACCCAAGGCGAGUCGCUGUGAUGUUCUGCGUUUUAGGAACAGACUUGAAAGAAAACGACGCAGCGAAAUGAAUUCUAAAUACGAAAAGCUUCGAAAAUGUAUUCCAGAAAUUGACGAGAGAGAAAAAGUGGCUAAAAUAACCAUUCUUAAGUCAGCAGUAGAAUGUAUCCAAGAACUUCGAAAACAAGACAGACUUCUUAGCAAGCAAAAGAGCAUAGAGAAAUUAAGAAACGAGGAACUUUUAAAGAAACUUGUCAAAAUAAGCUCGUAAAUUGCGGAAAAAGGAAAAAAAACAUUUAGCGAUUUCUUAAUGAUAUGCACACUUUUAUCGCAUAGAUAAUCACUUAAGUCUUGCUUUAUUACUGAACCACUACGGUCCAAUUAAUGCAAGAUCGUACUAAUUAAAUGUUAGAGUUCUCAAUUAGGAAGUUGGGGAGUUUCUGUCU